AUGAAUACCUUUAAAAACAUCGCCCGGAAACUCAAGGAGCUUUCUACAAACCCCACCCCUAACUACAAACCUGUCAACCGUGCUAACCUCAAGGUUGUAGAUGUCGUGACGGAAAACUUCUGGCCUAACAUCCGGAAGCACAUCCUCGCCGAUGAUUCGAACGCCAACUCCAUGAAAGCCAUCUGUUCCGUGUGCUGGGACGAACUACACGUAGCGUGUAUCACCUCCGCCGAGGACAAACUCUCCACCGGUCUUGUUGCGCCUUGCGGCCACAUCAUGUGUCCUGCAUGCUGGCCACGCAAGAUUUCUGACCCGUCACACACUCUCUUCGAAGAGUGUCGAAAGUGCCCAGUUUGCGAGACUCUACUCGAGUGUUUCAUUUGCCGUAAGGCUUGCGACAAAUGGGUGAUUCCCGCGCUUGGUGGGAAGGCUGCUAUCGAGUUCUUGCCCAAGACAGCUCCGGAGUGUGGACGAGAGUACCGUCCUUACUGUAAGGGCUGUGCUAAGCCUUACCAUGGGAAAGGAGAUGGGUUUUGGUUUGGAAACUCUGAGGAGCGGGAGAGCGUGUAUAGAUCUUGA